AUGUUCAUCCUGUACACGGAAAUUGUCGGCCAUUUCACUGUUGAAGAAUUAGAUCCUAUGGAAACGACUUUGUAUCUCUGCGGGAGCGCCUUGGGUGUUGGAUGUUGCGGAACUAUUCCGCUAAACCUGUCGCAUCCAAACCAAGAACUGGCGAGUGACCUUGGACGGGUGAGGAGGAAUGAUCAAAUCAUCAUGGCUGGCCGUUGCGCUGUCAACACUGGAAGCGCUGCAGGAAUAACACAACACGCCUGCCUCACCAAGCCCACGAAUUUUGCCCACACGAAUUUUGCAAGAAGACGGAAGCAUUUCUGCCCUUCGAUAACGGACAACCUUGAAACGAUGAAGCCUAUCUCCCCUCUGAAACCGGUCGGAUCAGAAAACCUAAGUCCUUGCGAGAAGAAUCAAACCACAUCUAGAGGUAUCCGAGGUAUGCUUUUGGACAGCCACAUCUUUGAAGGCGAGGUGCGGAAAUGGGCCAACAACAGAACAAUAAUCGCGUCACAAAUGCAAGCUCUCGAGCCCCGUUUGUCCCCCAUCGCAAUAGAGGAUAGACCCGAGCGAAGACUGACCCGGAUAAUUAUCUCGACGGCCAUCAUGCCGCGCAAGAAACGGCUCCAGUUGGCUUCCGCUAUACAUGUGCUGGGACUGGAUAAGAUCUCAGUUUACGGUCACUACUUCCUAGCUGUCGCCACGCUUGAACCCAUUGGGCCUGCUGUCAUCCCCCUAUUUCCGGAGACCACGGCUAACGAGACGUCGCACGGUGACCGCAGCAGAAGCAUACGAGUCCUGGAAUUGGUAGAUCUCCGACACUCUGGCGAUUGCAUAACACGUACCUCAGUCCCGUGGAUUUUCCUGCAACAUAACGCCCAAUUGAAAACGAGUGUGUUUCAACCUUCUCGCAUGCUCCGGCUCGAUUAUCGCGCGUUUAUCACGGAUACCAACUCUCUGCGUUGUCCUGCUCCUCGAUGAUGCGCAAUGCGCAAGUAUGGAUAAUUUUUCGCUGAGAUAUCCAAUAAAUUCGCCGUGCCCAUCGCUAGGCCUCGAGCCCUUUCGAAUACUCGCGUCGCUCGCUUCCAUUUCGAUGGACUAGAGUUCUGGGGUGCCAACGUGGCAACUUGAAUAGGACGCAUAAUGAAGUGAUAGUUCUUCAAGUUAUCCUUCGAGUCACUCUUCGCCACCGUUGCUUCCAUUUCUCGCCGGAAAUGCCUCGAUGUUGGUCCCAUGGUCGGAUUGCCGCUGAGAAAGAAGGACUAAAUCGCGCCGUCAAGCUGGGAAAUUGCAUUUGGCCGUAUAGUCGCCACCUUGGAAGUGGACUGCCACUCAGUGGGCCUGGUCGUUGCACAUAAACGGGUACCACUUGCACAUGUUCUUGGUUCGAAAUAUGACCAUUGGGCUCGGCAGUUGCCCUCGGAUGAGCCGAAGUCCUGUUCAUCACACCGUGGGUC